UGAAUUCUCACUCGCUCCACUGCUCGUCCAGACUUCACCUGCGAGCUACGCACAGAGCAACCGCCUGAUCCUUUCAUCGCACUCAACCAGAGAGUUCAAUACUAUCCAACAACUUCAGACGAACAUAUCUCUGUUGAAGAUCUCAUCGGACUGUAUAAAAGGAGAGCCGGGGUUUUCUAUAAGGAUGCAUUCGGUUAUCUGCCUUUUCGGUGCCUUCAUAGUAGCCGCUGUGUUUCAUCCAGGGAGCUGUGUGCAGACGGUUAUAGGUCUGUAUGGUGAGACCAUUGAAGUGCCAUGCAACAAUGGAAAUAACAAGCCAGAUGGCCUUAUUUUCACCAAAUGGAAAUACGUGAAAGAUGACGGCUCUCCCGGCGAUCUUCUCGUGAAGCAGGCUCUGAAAGAUGAGGCGACCGUGUCCGCCACGGAUGGCUACAAAAGUAGAGUUAGCAUCGCCGCCAACUCCAGCCUCAUGAUCACCCAAGGCUCACUGGCCGAUCAAAGAGUGUUCACCUGCAUGGUGGUGUCGUUAACCAACUUAGAUGAGUACUCUGUGGAAGUGAAAGUGUACAAAAAACCAUCAGCUCCUGUAAUCAAAAACAAAGCAAAAGAACUGGAAAACGGAAAACUGACGCAGUUGGGAGAGUGUGUGGUGGAGAAUGCCAACCCACCAGCAGAUCUCAUCUGGAUGAAGAACAACCAGCCCCUAGUGGACGACGGCAAAACGAUCAUUAUCACAUCUACUAUCACCAAGGAGCCAGGCACAGGUCUGUCCAGCACCUCUUCCAGUCUGCAGUACACAGCCAGGAAAGAGGAUGUAGAAUCAAAAUUCACCUGCACGGCAAAGCAUGUGACGGGACCAGAUCAACUUUCAGCACCCGAGACCUUCCCAAUUCAUUACCCUACUGAGAAGGUGAAUCUACAGGUUGUUUCUCAGAGCCCCAUUAGGGAAGGUGAUGAUGUGACACUGAAAUGCCAGGCAGAUGGAAACCCCCCUCCUACCAGCUUCAACUUCAACAUUAAGGGCAAGAAGGUCACUGUGACGGACAAGGAUGUCUACACUCUGACUAGCGUUACCCGAGCGGACAGUGGCGUGUACAAGUGCUCCCUGCUUGACAAUGCUGCGAUGGAGUCCACUCAGAACGUCACAGUGAGCUUUCUGGAUGUAAGCCUCACUCCUACAGGCAAGGUGUUAAAGAAACACGGGGAAAACUUGGUGGUGGCGUUGGAUAAGAACGCCUCUGCUGAAGCAAAAGUGACAUGGACUAAGGAUAACCGUAAACUAGACAAACAGCCUGAUUUCUCGACGGUGACGUAUAGUGAUGCAGGCCUGUAUGUGUGUGAGGUGUCCAUUGAAGGAAUCAAACGCAGUUUGUCCUUUGAGCUUACUGUAGAAGGUCAUCCCAAAAUCACAAGUCUGACAAAGCAUCGCAGUAGUGACAGCAAACACAAAGUCUUGAUGUGCGAGGCAGAAGGUUCACCUAAACCUGAAGUGCAGUGGAAUGUCAACGGAACUAACGAUGAAACGUCAUAUGUCAACGGGAAGGCCACAUACAAACUGACCGUAGUGCCCAGUAAGAACCUCACCGUCAGCUGCCAGGUGACUAAUAAACUGGGAACUGACACGAGGGAGAUCAGCGUUUUUUCUCUAUUUGAGGAGGACACGAAAAAACCAGAAAAAAACGAAGACGGCGCGGAGCAGGCCAAAGUAAUUGUGGGAGUCGUGGUUGGACUCCUCCUAGCUGCUGCUUUGGUGGGACUCAUCUACUGGCUGUACAUCAAGAAAACAAGACAAGGCAGCUGGAAGACCGGAGAGAAGGAGACAGGCACUUCAGAGGAGAGUAAGAAACUGGAGGAGAACAAUCAUAAAGCAGAUGUCUAAAAGAGAAGAGAGCCGUCAAAAAGGAACGAAGAAGAUAUGAACCAGGAAAGAGGCCUUGUCACACUGAAUGUGCAGUACUACACACUUCAAUCAUCUAAUUCCAGACAUCUGAUUGGACGGCGACGCCUCCUCCAGGCUGCUCGUGUGCAUCACGAAUCACAGAAUGUUUCCAGAAUAUUUCCUACUCUAAACAAACUGUUUACUAAAAAAAAAAAGGAAAAAAAAAAAAGAAAA